GCUCCGUGUCGCUCCUUAUGUCAGCGCUCGGCUUAUCGGCGAUUGGCACCCCAGCUCGCCCCGUUGCUCCGCUCCGGCCUUCGGGCCUUCCUCCACUGACAAACACACGCCACACUCCCACGUUUCGACAUCUUUGCCAUACAACAUUGCCAGCCACCUUCUUACCUUUCUACCCUUACUGGUGUUCUUGCACGCAUCCAGAUACACAGCAACUGCCAGAGCAAGACAAGCACUCUCAAGAAGCAUAUCUAUUCUCGUGUAAACAGCACACGGCAACUGGACCCUACGCCCCCAGCUCCGCGGCUGCCUCGCCCUCCCCGCGAACAUGCUCCGCAGGGCCAUCCCACACAUCCCCCGGCGGGCUGCUCUCUCUGUCUCGCGGAGGACAACAGAAACAGCAACGAGAAUAACAACAACAACAUCGUCGCUCACAGCCACCACCGCGUCCAGAAGCAGCCUCGCCGCCCGGGCUCUCUUCUCCACCACCACCAGGAUGAGCGCCCUCCCGCCCGUCGACCCGCCCGUCUCGACGGCACUGCCCUCGGACGCCUUCCAGCUCCUGCCCGAGGCCGACAAGGCCGGCGCCGCCGAGGACGCGCUGUACGAGCAGCAGAUAGCCGACGUCGAGGCCUGGUGGGCCUCGCCGCGCUACGCGGGCAUCAAGCGGCCGUACACGGCCGCCGACGUCGUCUCGAAACGCGGCUCCCAGCUGCAAAACUACCCCAGCUCCGUCGCCGCCCGCAAGCUCUUCAACCUCAUUCGCGACAAGGAGGCCCGCGGCGAGCCCAUCCACACCAUGGGCGCCAUCGACCCCGUCCAGAUGACCCAGCAGGCGCCGAACCAGGAGGUCCUCUACAUCUCGGGCUGGGCCUGCUCGGCCGUCCUCACCUCCACCAACGAGGUGUCCCCAGACUUUGGCGACUACCCGUACAACACGGUGCCCAACCAGGUCCAGCGCAUGGCCAAGGCCCAGAGCAUGCACGACCGCAAGCAGUGGGACCUGCGGCGCAAGAUGAGUGCUCAGGAGCGCGCCUCCACCCCUUACGUCGACUACUUCCGCCCCAUCAUCGCCGACGGCGACACGGGCCACGGCGGCCUCAGCGCGGUCCUCAAGCUCGCCAAGCUCUUUGCCGAGAACGGCGCCGCGGCCGUCCACUUUGAGGACCAGCUCCACGGGGGCAAGAAGUGCGGCCACCUCGCGGGCAAGGUCCUCGUCCCCACGGGCGAGCACAUCAACCGCCUCAACGCCGCCCGCUUCCAGUGGGACGUCAUGGGCGUCGAGAACCUCAUCCUCGCCCGCACCGACUCGGAGAGCGGCAAGCUCAUCUCGUCGGCCAUUGACGUGCGCGACCACGAGUUCAUCCUUGGCGUCGCGGAGCCCGGAAUCGCCCCCUUGGCCGAGACCCUGCAGGCCAUGGAGGCCGCAGGUGCUCCGGGGUCCGAGAUCGACGCCUUCGAGGCCCAGUGGGUGAAACAGCACAAGCUCGUCACCUUUGACGAGGCCGCGACCAGCCAGCUCCGCGCCCAAGGGGUCAGCGAGGAGAACGUCGCCGCGUACCUGUCCGCCGUCGAGGCCCAGCCCAACAUGGGCAUCGCGGCCCGCCGCGAGCUCGCGGGCAAGUACGUCCCCGCCGCCGGCGGAAAGCCCAUCUACUUUGACUGGGACGUCCCGCGCACGCGGGAGGGUUACUACCACUUCCGGGCGGGCAUGCCCGCCGCGACCAAGCGCGCCAUCGCGUUCGGGCCCUACGCAGACCUGCUAUGGGUCGAGACGGGCGACCCGAACGUGCAAGUGGCGACGGACCUCGCGCGCGCCGUCCGCGCCCAGCACCCCGGAAAGGGCCUGGUGUACAACCUGUCCCCCUCGUUCAACUGGAUGGCCCACGGCUUCACCGACGCCACCCUCAAGAGCUUCAUCUGGGACCUCGCCCGUGAAGGGUUCGUGCUGCAGCUCAUCUCGCUCGCGGGGAUCCACAGCACGGCCACCAUCACCAACGAGCUCAGCAAGGAGUUCAAGAAGGACGGCAUGCUGGCGUACGUGAACCUCGUGCAGAGGCGCGAGAAGGAGCUGGGCUGCGACGUGCUCACGCAUCAGAAGUGGAGCGGGGCGAGCUAUAUCGACGGCAUCCUGGGCGCGAUCCAGAGCGGGAGCAGCGGGAGCAAGAGCAUGGGUGAAGGGAAUACGGAGGGGCAGUUUCAUUGAAUCUCCUUUUCUUGGACGUGAGAGAAAGGGUCAUGGACAGCCAAAAGAAGAAUGUGAAGCGCAGGUGCGCGUCGUGUACAUAGAAAGUAUGAAAAAGUGAAUGAGCAUGUAAAGUUAUCGGGAGCAAGAGUUGACCUUUGGAAAU